AUGAAUACGAGAAAUACAGAAAUAACAAAAUCAACAUUGACAUUGGCAUUAAAGAACAACAAAACGAAAUUUGAGCUGAACUAGAAAUGUUUGGAUUGUUAAUACCAGGACGUCUGGUGCAAGCUGAAGUACAACAGAUAAAUGAAACCCAUUUUGUAUUUAAUGUAGAAGAUGCUGACAGCAUUAAUCACAUAGCCAUAUUUCUGACAGGACAAACUCCUUUUCCUGAUGGAUAUGGUGGAGCAGUUUAUUUCUCCUUCCCAAAUCCUACAGGCCAGCAGUGGAUAUUACUGGGUGUUAUAGCUAACCAAAAACCAAGUGCCAUCUUUAAAGUCACAAACCUCAAAUCAGCUACUGAUAGUACAAAUCCUUUUGGCCAAUGUAUACCACACAUGUCUCACAUGGCACAGAUAGGCCUUUCUAUAGAAACUCUGGAGGAGCUUUCUCAGCAAACACCAUCACCACAAGCUGCAGUUUCCACAGCUGAAACUUUUGUUGAAUAUUCAAGAAAAAUGUUAGAGAACUUUUUCAACUUUGCUACUUCAUUUACACAAACUCAAGCACAAAUGUCACCAAACCCCACAGAAACAUAUGUUCCAUUAAGUACAGUGCAGACUUGGUAUGCUAAUUUUGAACGAAGAUUGCAACAGAACCCCUUCUUCUGGAGAUCAUAAUACAAAGUACAUAUUUCUUUCAUUCAAUGUUUGUUAACAAAAAAAUUUUCUUUUAUACUUAUUUACAUUUGUAUUUGCUCAGGACACAUGAUAUAACAGUAAAUGUCUUUGAUUCUGCAUCUACAAUUGUUGUGUAUAUAAUAGUACUGCCAACAAAAUUGUCACUUCUAUUGAGAAAGAUGAGUAAAUGUUUAAUCAAAAUAUCUGACUUGCAUGCUCUUAUAUACAUUUAUACUAACCAGGUAGAUUUGAAAAUGGCAACUGCAUAGUAUAGUUAAAAAGUCAAAUGAGCAAAUGUAAUGUUGACUUAGAUUUUUGUGACAAUAAGAUGUUUAAUUGAAUUCUUAUAUGUAGACUAUUUAAGAAACUUAAGCUCUGUUGCUUCUUCAGGGUAUUCAAUGAUCUUGGAGUUCUGUCAUUAACCAUAUUCAUCUUUGUAGUUAUAGGGUAAUUUUCUGGCUCUUACAGCGACAAAGUCCUUUUGUGGUAAUAGGUUGUUAAAGUGCCACUAAUCAGCCAAUCAAUCGAUUAACAUAAUUAUGAAUAAAUAUUGAAACUUCAGAAUAAUUUAUCGAAAUAAGUGUUUACUCAUCAAAUAUCCAACCUGUUCUAAGUUAUUGUUUUACUUAAACAUUUAGAAAUGACUUUUGUACUGUAUAGCUUGUUGGUUCUAUAUUCUUAUAUCUUGUGUUUGACAUGAAUUAAUUGUACUAAUCUUGGGUUAUUUUUACAGUAAAAGUUUAACUUUUUAACUUUAGAGAAAAUUAUAAAAAAAUCUUUCAACUUUUAAUUAAAACCUCUUGCAUGUUUAUCGUGCAAGUGAUCAAUUCUACCUUAAUUAUAUCAAGAGUUACUCAAAUAAAAUUAUGGUAUUGACAAAAAAAAAAUAAUAAUUCAGGUAAACAUAAUGUUAAGUAAAAAAAAAGACAAAAAAAUCAAACUAUUUUACCAGAACAGUAUUGAUUUUAAAACCUAACAAUUUUUUCAAUAGUAACGGAUAACAUUUGAAGUGAACUAACCAGUUGCGUACAUCUAAAUGCUUUUUGCCUGCCAAUUCUAGAUAUCAUGAAUGUUUCCCUCUAAUUGGUUUGGAAAGUAUGAACUGGACGCAUUUGAUCUUUCAUAUAAUUCAUUUUGUCAGUUUUGGGAUAAAUCUUGAGAGUGUAAGCAAAGUAAUUCUAAUACCAAAAAUGUCACUUCUCUUACAAUUACAAUUGCCCAUAAGACAAUAGAUGCAUACAUUCAAAACUUAAAUUAAUAGUAUAUUAUGUUUAGACUUAUAAAAACCAAACUGCCAUGGGAAAUAAGAUUACAACACAACAGUGUCAUGUCCAUUGUUAUACAGAAUAUAAUUGUGACAUAAAAGAUAAAUUCAACUGAUAAACCCAGUGAAUAUAGUAUCAAAUGAAUUCUCACAUGCAAGAUAAAUUUCACUAUUAUAACAUGUCGAGUACAGAUGAUUUUUGUUUGUGUUGAAUGAUAAUUAAUAAUGGAGUGAUCACAAUUCAAUUCAAUGUUUUAUUAAAGUCUCAUCUCUCAACAAGUACAAUCGAUAUUUAUACAUUGUAAAACAAUACUAAAUAAAAUCAGAGUCAUUCUACACAAAAUUAUAAGAGACUAUUAAAAUGCAUAGAUAUGAUACACUAAACAAUAUGAAAUAAAAUACUAUUUACAAUAUAUAAAAUUUCUACACCUUUUUAAAAUCAAAUAACAGGUUUUGGCACACACACAUAUCAUAUUUACAUCUGAGAAUAAAAACACUAACUUUUCACAUGUGACACAACUAUGUUUGGAAUAAAGUAAACUAUUUUUUUAUUUAUAUUUCUAAACUAACCAACCCAAUUGGCCAAUGUAUAUAUUUUUGAUAACUAAUCUAUUGUAGUACUUGUUUUUUUCUUAAUUUGUUGUUUUAUUGAUAUAUGUAAUUGUUAUUCUACACCACCAUAACCAUAUUUACAAAGUUGAUAAAAUCUUAACCAUAUUCUUAUCCUGGUACAUUGUUAUAGAAGCAGUUUGCUUUUAUAUUAAUAAACUAGGCAGGCUAUACACACUGGAAAGACUUAGAAUGUUGCAAUUGAAAUAGUUAGGUAUUUGAACAUGAAUGAAUACUUAAGUCACUGAAAUAGAGUAUUGCAUUUGGGAAGAUAUGUUUAAAGACAUAGUGAUUGAAUAAUUAUGUUUUAAACAAAAACUGAGGUGUGACAUUUUUUCAAUUUGUUAUCUACAACAACUUUCAAUGAGUUAUAACAUAUUUUUCAACAAUUUAGAUUUUUUUGUUAUGAUUGAUGAGUUACAGAUACUCGAAGAACAUUUGAUGUUUUGAUUGAAAAAGUAUAGAACAUUGAAUAAAGGCAAAUACACAUUAUAGAGUUACCCUGAUUCUACAAUGGUUGAUUGGCUAUAGCUUACUAUAGUUCAUUGGAUAGAUUGUGUUUACUUUAUCAAUGAUUUGCAAGUAAAGAAGAUGUGUUCAUAUUUUUAUAUGUGUUGAAAAAGUGCUAGAUUUGUAUCUAUAUUGAUGUUUAGAUUUGUUUAUUGUAAAAGUUGUUUUUUGAAUAGUUUUUUUUAGACAGUUUGAAAUCCAAUGAAAAGUUUUACUUCCAGAAUUGUUAAACUAUGGUGCACAUUUAUAAUUUUGUAAUGGAAUGGCAAUGUACAAAUGGAAAAUAUUUUGUCCUGUAAAUUCAUGAAAAAUAGAAAAAAUGUGUUAAACUAUUUAAAGCUUAUCUUCUUAAAAUGGCUUCAUAAUUUAACUAAGGCUUGAUUCUACUAUUUUACUUGUUUAUAAGUACAAAUUUCAAGAUUUUAGCAUAGUAAACCAAACAGAAUAAUUUCAGGAACAUGUUGUCAAAACAAACAUAGACCACAAAUGUUACCAAAAACAGAACUUUAUUUUGAAACUGAUAAUAAGAUAAUACACUUACUAUAUGAUUAUCUUUUUGUACAAGAAAUGUGCUUUAAAUAAUUUCUCAGCACUGGUAUUUUGAAGUUAAACCAUCAAUACUUUGUACUUUUGCCAUUUUACUAUAGUUACAGUCAUUUCAUAGCUGGAUAACAUGUUAAAAGGAAAUAUUUAAAACAAAAACAUCUUUGUAUGAUUUAAUUACAUUUAUCAAAUUUGAGAAAUCUUACAUUAAACAAUAUAAUACUAAUUUGGUUCCAAACUGCAUUUUCCUUUGCUGAAUUUAAUUUCACAAAAGAAGGAGCAUAAUCUAUUAUGCAUACUUUUUGAAUAUGUAAACCUUAAACUAAUGAUCAGCUUUUAAGUUAAUAGGCUUAAGAGGUAUCAUCUAUCAUUUCUCAUUGCUGAAGUAAACAAAUGGUAUUCUAGUGUAUAUAACUUUAUUUGUAUUUGAAAAUAUCUUUAACUCUUUCUAGCAGGAAAAUGCGGGCCAGACCAUUAUUAUUUUUUCUUGAAUUUUAUUAAAGAAAAAAAUCUUUGGAAUGAAUCUUUUUUUUGGUCGAAAUUGAGCUGUAAUGCAUUCUUUCUUGCAAAUAAAAUUUAUAACACUUAAACAAAAAUGUACUAAAGGAAGAACAUUCAAUAUUUUAACUUCAUUAACAUUUUAUUGUUUAAUUACUGCAGAGCUGUUAAGAAGUGUUACUUGUACUAGUGAUAUGACACCAUACAGGGAUCAAAGAAAUGAUUAAUGCUCAGGUUUGAUGUCGUUUGUCGGCUUCAUCGAUAUUAUUAGAAAAGUCAAGAAAAAUUAAUAUCUCCUUGUCAGUAGAAAACAAAUGCUCAUAAGCAUAAUAAUUUUUUAGCCAUAUGGAUGUUUUAAGGAACAACAUGUUUGGUGCAUUGAGUAUUGCUAAAUCAGCUCAAAACUUUUUUUUUGCUGAUCUAAAUGAUCAUAUUUGCAAAUUUCAAAGUAUUUUCAUACAGAACAAUCAAUUUUCAUUUAUAUUUUCUAAUUUUACUUAUGUUGCAAAAAUGAUUAUAAAUGUCAGCCAUCUGUCUGAUAUAAUUAAAUCAUAUUUGCAAUGUCAAAUGUUAAGGUUAUCUAUUUGCAUCAUAAGAUAAAACCUUGAAUUUUAUCCCUCUCCAUUGCUAUAAAGGAUAUUCUAUAAUUAUUUUAAUUAAGAAUUAAGAAAAGAAAAGGGAUAGAUGUACAUAUGCAAUUUAAGAAUAUGCAUACAUUUUAAACCUAUACAACAAUGUAUAUAACACAACCCAAAGUGGCAAAUUCAAGUUCCCUUAGUCCCAUGUAUGUUUUUAUGGAACAGGCCUUUUAUGGAUGGUUACUCUAAAAGUGCCUUCCGUAGGUACCAUCUAGUUUUAGUAAAACAGUCCUAAGACAAAAGUCCCAUGAAUUGCUAAGUAAAAUUAGAAAAGUAUUUCUUCUUGUGCCAAUUGUACUUAAAAAAGCAUUGAUGUAUUUAGCAUGCCUUUACAAUUUACUAUUUGAUGGAAUUAGGUUUCUUCUGCAGGCUUGAAAUGAUAAGAUUAUUUAAUGUUUGCUGCAUUUAAAUGCAUUCAUUUUAUCAUUUCAGAAUAUUUCUAUAUCUUUUCUUCCUUGAUUAAAAUAAUAAUUUUAUUGCAUGGUAACCAGAAAAAAGGUUUAAGAUUUGUAAUGUUCAAUAAUAUCUUAUACUUUAUGACUGUUUUACUUUUUUGUCAUUUGAAAAAAUUAUAUAAAAAAGAAUCAUGUGCCAUUUAUUAACCAAAAACGUUCCGCUUGUUUGUGCAAAAGAGAUGACUAUUGUUGUGCAUCACAAUGAAGUAUUUUUUACUAUUACUAGUGCUUUUAUGUGUUUCAUUAAUGAAAUGUUUUCCCUUAAGGAGCAGCAAUAAAACAAUGUUAUUUGUGAAA